CGUGUAGGUAGAUAGCAAUUAUCAGGGUUUCGUAGUUGGAUGCAGUUCGAUGGCUCCUCACACGUGGCAGUGCCGCCGUGAGUGCACCGACUGCUCAUACUACAAUGGGGAAGGGAGGUAGCAGAACGUAAGCGUGUAUACAUAACGGUGUCUUCGUCGCGAGGAAGAGACGCGGUCGCGUGCUCCCUGGAAACCCAUAUUAGCGGCAGUUCGUCGUCUACCGGCAGACACACAACAGUUCGAUUCGCUUGUCCGUGAUUACGGCGGCCUUGCACGAUGGUUCUGGACAGAACGCGGCUGACGUACGUCUCGGCAGUCGUGGUCGGCGCCGGGACGGUGGUCGUCUUCUUGUGGUGGUGGUGGACCAAAGGCCAGAAGGAUCGGCCGCCCUCGCGAUGGCGGAAGGUCGGAGAGCUGAGCAACCUGAUCGCGUAUCCGGUGAAAUCGCUGGGUCCUGUACGCAUGAACACCAUGGAGUGCGUGAAACUUGGCCUGAAGUCUGGCUGGAUGAGAGAUCGUACCCUAUUGGUCAUCGACCUCAAUGGGCACUUCGUCACCGCCAGGCAGUAUCCCAGAAUGGUUCUGGUAUCACCCAGUGUUUCCGGAUCAGUCCUCACACUGUCUGCGCCUGGAAUGAUGCCAGUGUCCAUUGACUUGGCACGAAUCAAUGGCAAGGGAUUCCAUGUAGCAGUUUGGGGACAAGCCGUGGCAGCCAGCGAUUGCGGCGAAGAACCUGCCAGGUGGUUGUCUCGAUUUCUUCUUCAAGAAGACACCGGUUUCAGGCUGGUUUACUAUCCAUUAGAAGAACCGACACGGGGUCUUCGAACGAAACAUAAAAAUUUUAAUUUCUCUGGCGAUGACACUGGUGCCUACCCAGACGAAUCUAGUUACUGUAUGAUGAACGAAGCUUCGGUGACGGAAUUGAAUUCACGAUUGGAUGAACCAGUCAAUAUGGAACAGUUUCGUCAGAAUUUCGUUGUGAAAGGUGCUCUUCCGUACGAAGAGGACAGUUGGCAGUGGGUGAAGAUCGGCGACGUGAUCUUUCGGAACGUGAUGCCGUGUCACAGGUGUAUCAUGACCACCAUUAACCCGGAGACUGGUGUAAAAAACUCAAACGUGGAACCAUUGAAAACAUUGAAAAGUUACAGACAAGCAACGGAGCCGAAACUACGUCGUCUGAUCGGUGAGAGUCCAAUGCUUGGUAUUCACUUGGGUCUGGUUGGAUCAUCGGGCACCGUGCGGUUAGGGGACCCGGUAUACGUCGAUGUACCUGAUGAACAACCGCCGUUGGUCUCGCCUCCCUAGCUACACCGGUGGUCUUCCUGCGACGACGAUAUAUUCGUCUUCGAGGAAGCCACAGCGUCGUCGAGCAAAGACUCUUUACCUACCAAGUAUACGAGCGAUACGUAGCGAAGGCCUGAUCGAACCAACGUUCUUUCAAUUUCUAACGGGGCCUAAUGUUGAUCGUGAUUCGUGAAUACAAUAAGCAUAGUCGUUUAAGUGAUUAGGUGUAACAAAUUGCUUGCGUGGGAAGACUGUCUCGAGACAAUAUCCUUGUUCCCAUCGGGGGAACAGUUUGUAUAAUUAAGCUCGCGUGAGUCGUUCGUGCGACCUGCAACGCGAUAGAUGCCCGAUACCAAUCUAAUCGACGAAUCAGCCAAAUGUAUCAUGCUUUACGAAAGAAAUGUUCGUCGAACGAAUUCGUAGAAAACUGGAAUCGUUCCUCGAGUGUACCUAUUUUUGCUAAAUCUCAUUCGUGAAUUUAGAAUCGGUGUUGUUAACGUUACAAUCGUGGUGAACGCCCUACUGUUUUGUUUGUUUAUAUUUGUAUCGAGUAGGUAGUAAGUCGUGUAAUAAACGAUCGCUGAAGGGGAAUCCACGAUGAA